CCCAUACCAGAGUCAAGAUGGGGAUUUUGCAACACAAACCUAGAACUUUUGGGGGUCACGCAUGGCAAGUUGCAGUCCGUAGUGUAGUGCAGGUUCGCAAAGCCAGCUGCAUCAGAAAUCCAUCUGCUGAUCCGAUUUACAGCAUUACAAAUUCCAAAACACGACUAAAAAUGGUUCUCCUGGCGAUGCGCAUUACAAAUGUUCCCGUCAUUGCAAAUCUGCAUGACAACUCUGGUGUGGGGACGUUUUUACUCAGGAUAUACCUCUUCUUGCAUGGCGGUGGUCCGUGCCAGCACAUUCCGCUCUAUGGCGUUCUCAACUGUUACAUUCUCAACUGUUACAUGAUUUGUAAUGCAAGAAUGGCAAAAGUGAAAGGAAGGGCCUUGCGCGUCUUGCAUGACAGAUUUGGCACAGAUUCUCAGCCUGUUUGGCCGUCUGAGAAUUUGUCACGCGAAGCAGCUUGA